CUUCUUCUUCCUUGCUUUAAAGCCCUCUUCUCCGAGAGAGAGAGACAGAGAGAGAGAGAGAGAGAGAGAGGGUAUCAGGAUGCGUCCACGGUUCGUGUUGUUUGGGUCUUCAAUAGUUCAGUAUAGCUUUAGCAAUGGCGGAUGGGGAACCAUCCUCACCGACGUCUAUGCCCGCAAGGCUGACAUUGUGUUACGGGGAUAUAUUGGUUGGAAUUCGAGGCGUGCUCUUCAAGUACUCGAUAAAGUUUUUCCAAAGGAUGCCACGGUUCAACCUGCUUUGAUUAUUGUAUACUUUGGAGGGAAUGAUUCAAUGCAAGCUCAUCCCUCUGGCCUUGGUCCCCAUGUACCACUUGAGGAAUACAAAGAAAACAUGAGGGUCAUUGGAAAUCAUCUCAAAAGUCUUUCUGAAACGACACGCAUUAUAUUUCUAACAUGCCCCCCACUUAAUGAAGAAAGGUUGCGCCAGAACACAAGUGGCCUUUGUCUGGUUCGAACAAAUGAGAUGUGUCGUAGAUAUUCUGAAGCGUGUAUUGAGGUGUGCAAGGAGUUGGACGUGAAGGUUAUUGAUUUGUUUACUGCCAUACAGAAGCGGGAUGACUGGGCUAAUGUUUGCUUUUAUGAUGGCAUGCAUUUUGCGGAGGAGGGAAGCAAGAUUGUCGCGGAAGAAAUACUGAAGGCCCUCAAAGAAGCUGACUGGGAACCGUCCUUGCACUGGAAGUCAAUGCCAACUGAGUUUGCGGAGGAUUCUCCAUAUGAUCUCUUAGCCUCGGAUGGGAAUUCGACGCUCAACCCUUCAGAUUGGACUUUUCACAGGGAGAUCCAAUGGGACUGAGAGAGUAAUGUUUAUUUACCUCAGUUCUGAAGUCUUUUUAUUCAUUGAGACAUUGAAUCUUGUUAUUACUGUUUGCAGUGACAAGAACUUAUCAGUAUUUGCCUUUGAAUCACUUUGAAUUUCUCAAAA